ACCACUCACAAUAGCAAUUGAAUCGGUUCUAAUUUCUAAUAUUUGUUUAUUUACCCAAAUUAAUUCUUUGUGUGAAAAUAUUAAGUAAAAGUACUAAAAUGACAUCAAAAAAGGACGAUACCCAAAAAUUAGAAUGGAUGUAUAAAGGGAAUUCCGAUUUGCUUAAUCGCGAAGAAUAUUUGCUUGGUCGACCAAUUGAUAGAAACUUUGAACAAUUGGAUAGUGAAGAAAAAGCUGAGCAAAAAGAGAAAGUAUUUGGUAUUCAAGUGCCAAAAAAUCAUGUUGAAUAUGAAUGUAUUCCAUUUUCAAUCCGUGAAUAUAAAAAUCUUCAAAAUAAUGAGCAAGUCGAUAUACAAAGGAAGUUAAUGGAAGAUCCUCUUAUGGCAAUUAAACAAAAGGAAAUGGAAACAAGGCGUAAAAUAUUAGAAAACCCCGUUAAAUUAAAAGAAAUUCACAAAAUAUUAAAAACGGAAAGGCAAGUGCUGCUUUCGAGAACAAAAAAUCGAAAAAGUAAGAAGAAAAAGAAAUCUAAAAAAAAACAAAAAUAUUUGUCCUCCAGCUCUUCAUCGUCAAGUGAAAGUGAUUUGAAUUCGGAUAAUGAAAAGGAUUUAGAUAAACUUUUGGAAAAAAAAUAUAAAAAAAUCAAAAAUUCAUUAGAUCAAGCUAUUAAAAAAGAUACGCAAUUGGAUGAUUUAAUAAAAAAAUUGAAUAAAAAAGAGAAAACUAAAUCAAAACGGAACAUUGAUGAUGUUAUAAGUGUUGAUAAAUCAUUGACACAUUUGAAAAAGGAUAGGGUUAGAAGAUAUUCGAACACUUCAGUCAGCUCUUCUGACAAAAAUUUCAAAUGCAAGGAAAGAGACUAUAAAAGGAAUAAUUUGCAUAAUGAUCCACUCAACACUAAAAAAAUUAGAAAUAACCCGUCCGGUUCACCUAAUACGAAGCAAUUUUACAGAAAAAUUAAAAACUUUUCUAGAAGUAGAUCAAAUAGUUCCGAAAGAAUGCUUUUUAAAUUAGGAAGAAAUGCAGAUAAAAAAUUUAUUGGCAAAAAUUAUGGAACAAAAAGGAUUGAAACUCAUAGAAGUAAAAACACUACUUAUGUUGAUCGUAGUCCAAAGUAUAAAAUUAACGACAAAAAGGAAUUUAAGCGAAGUGCAGAAGAAAAGCAGAAACGGUUAGAAGAAAUGAUGGCAGAUGCGGCAAAACGCGAUGAAGAAAGAGCCAGUAAGGUUAGGAAGUAUCGCAAAGACUGUGAGGAAGAAGAAUUAGCUCAAAAGAAUCGCCAAUACGAUGAGCAGUUCGCGAAAAACCAAUUUAAAAAAGCACUUUCUUCGAACAAUUCUGUGGAAUCAAGAAUUAAGUCAAAAAUAAACAAUAUACAAAGGUCUUCUUUUUCUAUGAAUUCAAAUUUUGCAAAAAAAUAAAUUUAACUAAUUAAGAUCCUA